CAGCGUCUGUGUUCAGUAAAUGUUUGAUUCUUUGUUCCCGCAACCCCCUUCCGCCAGGAUCUUGUUCAAUUUCCUUCUGGAGUCUCGCGGUUUGUGAGCUCAGGAGUGAGAACUCCGUUCCAGAUUUCGCCAGUCUUUUUAUUUAGAGACGGUCCGUGACUAGUGUUCGCGCUCUUUGUUUGCUUUUAGCUCGUGUUAUGUCUGUAGCUUUCGCGGCUCCCAGGCAGCGGGGGAAGGGGGACAUCACUCCUGCGGCCAUUCAAAAGAUGCUGGAUGAAAACAACCAUCUAAUACAAUGCAUAAUGGAUUAUCAGAACAAAGGAAAAACCUCAGAAUGUUCCCAAUAUCAACAGAUGCUGCAUACAAACUUAGUAUACUUGGCUACAAUAGCAGACUCAAACCAGAAUACCCAGCCUUUAUUGUCAGCACUACCUACACAAAAUAUGCCUAUGGGUCCAGCAGGGAUGAAUCAGAGCGGCCCUCCUCAACCACCUCGCCCUCACAACAUGCCUUCAGAAGGGAUGGUAGGAGGGGGUCCGUCUGCACCGCACAUACAGAACCAGAUGAACGGCCAGAUGCCUGGACCAAACCAUAUCGCUAUGCAAGGUCCAGCCCCUGGACAACAUAAUAUGCCAAAUAGUUCCAUGAACAUGCCUUCGAACAACCAUGGUUCCAUGGGAGGCUAUAACCAUUCUGUGCCAUCCUCACAAAAUAUUCCAGCCCAGAAUCAGAUGACCAUGAACCAAGGCCAAUCCAUGGGCAAUUAUGGUCCUCGGCCGAAUAUAACCAUGCAACCAAAUCAAGCUGCUAUGAUGCACCAACAGCCUCCCUCACAGCAGUAUACUAUACCUCAGGGAGGACAACAUUAUCAGGGACAACAGCCACCAAUAGGCAUGAUGAGCCAAGUUAACCAAGGAAAUCAUAUGAUGGGGCAAAGGCAAAUUCCACCAUACAGACCCUCUCAGCAAGGUCCACCCCAACAAUUCUCUGGUCAGGAAGAGUAUUAUGGAGAACAAUAUAGCCAUGGUGCUCAAGGUCCCCCAGAAAGCAUGAAUCAGCAAUACUACCCAGAAGGUCAUAAUGAUUACGGUUAUCAGCAACCGUCGUAUCCUGAACAAGGCUACGAUAGGCCUUACGAGGAUUCCUCACAACAUUACUACGAAGGAGGAAAUGCGCAAUACAGUCAACAGCAAGAAACCUAUCAAGCACCACAGCAGCAGCAAGGCUACCCACCUCAGCAACAGCAAUAUGCUGGGCAGCAAGCUUAUCCUGGUCAGCAGCAAGGUUACCCCCCUUCACAAAGUGCUCCUGGACCUCAGUUCCCCAACUACCCGCAAGGACAAAACCAGCAGUAUGUGCAAUACAGGCCUACACAACCAGGCCCUCCCCAGCCCCAACAGCAGAGGCCAUAUGCUUAUGAUCAGGCUCAAUAUGGAAACUACCAACAAUGAAGAGAUUAUGUAUCCCUGUAGUCUGUCCUUGUAGAUGUUGUAUUGCUUCCUCCGAACUGUGGACAUUUUGCCUAUUAAUUUUCUUUACUAUACAUUUGGGAAAUCCAUAUGAAUUCACUGUAUGCAUUUCAGUAAAUGUGGGUUUAUAUUUAAACUGAUACAGUUAUUAUUUUACCAAGGCUUAUACAAUUCCUGUACUCUAGAUGGCAUUGUUGCAUUAAAAAAAAAAUGGCAAGGCACCACUGCUGUCAAUGACAGACUUUUAAAGCAUAAAACUUGGAUUUGGAUUACAGGAUGUUGGUUUCUACUUGUUGGGACUGUGUAGUAUCGGACAAAAGCAUUCUAUCCUGGGUUAUAUGCAAACUAGUACUCCAAGAAGGACCUGUUUGCCUAACCUUGGAUGAAGGACAAUUUAGCCAAAAAAACUUAUAAUAAUUCAGUCUUCUACUAUGUACCAUACUAUUGUAAUAUUUUGAAGUUGAUGCAGCGUUCCUCUAUUGAUAAAAGAAAUUUAUUGUAAAGUCAUCACAACAUUGCCUGCUGUUUGGUUGCAUGAAACAUGAGUUGCCAUUAUUCGUCUUACAACAAAGAAAAGUUUUUAUAAACACUUUUUUCAAUGUAUUUCAUUAAGAAAAACAGAAAAAUGUCAUGAGGAAACUCAUUUGUAUUUAUACAUACAUUUGAGUAACCCUCACAACGUACAAAAAUCAGGUGCACUUACAGAAGACACAAAUCUGCUUGUCUUUUUGUAAGUUGCUUUUUUUUCUUUUUGUUGAAGCACGGGCUACUAUAAAUGCCUUUUUGGGUCAUUAUGCAAUAUCAUUUGAAUUAUGGAAGUGAACUGAAUUUUACCCUUUUUUUAUUUUUUUCAUAUCCCAUUUUUAGGGGCAGAUUUAUUAAGAAUCGAGUUGUGUUUUCCACAAAAAUUCCAACUUUUGAGCAGUUUUAUGGUCGAAAUCCAUUUUUCUGGUUGAAUUUUUGUAGAAUUUAUUAUACUCCGACCCUGGAAAUAGAAUCUGAAAAAAAUACCACCUAAAACCUGUCGAGGGCCUGUAGAAGUCAAUGGCAGAGGUCCCUUGAACCAUUUGAAGAUGUUAAUAGCCUUCAUGAUGUUCAAGAUUUUUUCGGAGAGUUUUGCCCAAAAAAACUUCAUUAAUUCUAGUUUUUGGGUUGUUAACCCCAAACUGAAUUGAUUUUUUAUGAAAUAAGAAACCAUUCAAGUUGUGAGUUCAUUCGAGGUAUAAAAAAAACUCAAAAUUUCAACCAAAACUAAUCUAUUCGACCAAACAAAUCAAUGAUAUGGAAAGUAAGGAUUUAAUGAGACUUUGUAUGUUUUAUAGCAGAUGAAUAUUUUUUUUUCCCGUUUAAUCUAAACAUUAUGGGCAGUAUUAUUCCUUUUUUUUUUUUUUUUGAGGGUUCUGUGCCAAACUUACAAUAGUGUACUUACAUUGCUAUUUAAAAUGUACUUAAAUAAAUUAUUUCAGACUUCUCA